UACAAUGCAGGUCUGCGAUGACAUUUGAAUGACGUCAAAGCGCGCGAAAACAUAAAACUGUCAUUAUUCGUUUUCAAUUUAAAAUAAGAACACGCAUGUUUUAAAGUGACAAUAAAAACAGUGCUAAAAAGGUUUUUUUUUAUAUCGUGAUUUUUGCAUAGUGUAUUUUUUUUAACUGUGUUUUAACUGGUUAUGUUUUUUUAAAAAACAAUGAAAGACUUGGUUCAAAUUUGGAACAGAGUUACGGGAAAGCAAUAUGCGUCAGUCAACACGAAUGACAAGGAAUUAAAGGACUUGACGAAUAAUCGGUUAAAUAAAGUUGACAUCGAUACAUCGGUGUUUGAAAUUAAUCUAUCCGAAUGUGAGGGAUUGAAUAAUAAAUUCAACGAUGAUUUGGAUUUCAAUGAACGUAAAGAUGAAAUUAUUAAUCGAUUAUUUAAGAGAAGAAGAAGCGGACACAUAGCUCGGAAGCCUAAACGUUUGUUUCUGUUGUUCCUGCUUGGUUUUGUGACGUUGGGGGUGGGUUUCUUCAUCAUAUUCCUUCAUCCAUAUAACGCCAUAUUCAAUUGGAAAGCGAUUCUCUCUGAUGGCGGUGAGAUCUUCGAACUGUGGAGAAAGCCAGAGGUGAAGCUGUACACUAAGGUCUAUCUCUUCAACAUCACGAACGCUGACGACUACAUGUCAGGCAAAGAUAGCAAGAUCAGGGUUAAGGAAGUUGGACCAUACGUGUACCGUGAGGCUCUUGAACACAGCGAGGUCAAGUUCAAUGACAACGGCACCCUCUCUACCAUCCCCCGCCACCCUCUGAUAUGGGAGGAAGAACUCUCAGAGGGUAAUAAAGAGGAUGAUAUGCUCUACCUGCCUCAUAUUGCCUUAUUGUCCAUCGCGAACGUGGUGUCUCAACAGAAUUUCAUGACUCGUUUUGGUCUGAACAACCUUAUCCGGAUGACAAACAGCCAGCCGCUAGCCAAGAUGACGGCCAAAGAGUUCAUGAUGGGCUACAAGUCUGAAUUGAUGAGUCUCGGCAACACUUUCCUACCAGGUUGGAUUUACUUCGACAAAUUGGGAUUGAUCGAUCGUAUGUACGACUUUGAUGGAGACUACGAAACAAUUUUCACGGGUGAAAAUGAUAUCUCUCUCUCCGGUCUGGUCAAUACCUACAGGGGUUCCACUGACCUUCCCCAAUGGGAUGGAAAACAUUGCUCCAAUGUUCAAUACGCGUCUGAUGGCACCAAGUUCAAAGGAGCCGUUAGCAGGAAUGAGUCCAUUUUGUUCUACAGGAAGAGUCUCUGUCGGUCCGCACCCUUAAUUCCAGUCGAAGAAGGCACCAAACACGGGUUUAAAGCAUACAAAUACGUGUUCCCAGAACAUAUGCUGGAUAAUGGGAAAAAUAUUGAAGAGAACAAGUGCUUCUGUAGACAUGGUAAAUGUCUCCCUGAAGGGCUGAUCGACGUCACCGACUGCUAUUACGGAUUCCCUAUCGCUCUGUCCUACCCCCACUUCUAUAAGGGUGAUGAUAUCCUUUUCAGCAAGGUUGAAGGGUUGACUCCUAAUAAGGAACAACAUGAAACGAGGUUCUGGAUUCAGCCUGACUCGGGCUUACCUUUAGACAUCACUUCCAAAUUCCAAAUCAAUAUGGCACUUGGUGAUAUAUCGCUUAUUGAAAAUUCAGCUAGAUUUGCCAACAUGCAUCUUCCAUUACUGUGGUUUGAUAUUACGAUGUCUUCUCUGCCAUCAUCGAUGGAACAGAAAUUCAAAUUCUACCUGAACAUCUUUCCACUCGUGGAACAAGUUUUAAUGUACCUCAGCUUUAUUGCUGGCACAAUUUUGAUCCUCGUUACAACGUACAGCUUAACAUUUGAAAUAAUGUUCAAAUCGUUCGGCGAGAAGAAUCAUAGCAAUACAAAUAUUCGAAGAAAUAUUUGGAUAAACAGAGAGAAUGGAUACAAAAGCAAAGGAAAUGAAAAAGACGGAAUAUACGCUCCAAGUGAUAUACCACUAUCAGACACAGACUCAGAUCAGAAAUUCGAAGAAACGAGACCGACUUUUAUGAAAAACCAAAGCGAUAGACUCAAAGAAUUUGGUCACAAAUUAAGCGAUAAAGUUUACGAUUCAGUUGAAAGUGUCAGGGGUAUGUUCGACGAUCGUGCGCAUGCUCGUAAUGAUAGAAAAAACUCGUUGAUACCCCCUGAGGAGUCACAAGAGGGAAAUAAUGAUGCUUACAAAAGCGAUUCAGGGGAAAGUGAUAAAGAAUACGAUAAAUACCGACAUAACAAACAAACGGAUGAUGAUUCUAAGUAUCUAGAGGUCAUUGAUGAUGGAAGCGAUUUUGAUGAAACUUACAAUGAAGACAGAAGAAAAAGCAAUAAGAACGAUUUAUACAUACAUAUCAAUUGAAGAGUAAUUGCCAUUUUGGUUAAACCAACUCAUUGAAAUCAAAAACUAUUCAGACUGGUUUAAGUGCCAAGGUUUAUUUCAAUUGUGUUAUAUUAUUCUUGCCUCGAAACGGAUAUAGACUUGAAAUGAAAACGUUCAGUUUUCAUACGCCUUAAUUAAUUAAGUCUGCUUACCGAUAUAAUAAAUGUUUAAGAACUAAUCCUAGCAGAAGUCUUCCUGACAGUGAAAACAGCCUCGUAUUUAUCGAGUGUGUGUCGAGAUUACUUCAUAUAAUUUAUUCAUUUCAUUUUAAGUUUUUAUAUUAAUGUUCAAAACCAGCGAUUUUAUAUUUGAUAACAUUUCUUACCAAUAUACCUUAUCAAAUGAUUACAUCAUAUAUUAUAUAAUUUAUAUUUAUAUAAUUACAAAUAUUUUAUAUUAUCAAAUUGAAACAUAAUUAUUUCAUAUUAAUUCGUUUUUAAUAUUUGACAAUAAGGUGUUUAUAAAGCUAAUUUAAAAUUAAUCAUAUCAUACUUGGAUGACUGCUAUUGAACAAAAUCGAUAUAUUUUGAAAUGUAUAAAAAUGUCAGCUUUAUAAUAUUUGGUAAAUUUCAAUUACUUGUUAUUAAUUGUCAGAAAAUCAGCUAAACAUUUAUUUUAUUUUAGUUUUUAAUGUUUAAUUAUAAGUGCUAUUUAAGUACAAUUAUGAUAUUAUUAAUUUUAAAAUCAUAUUCAGUAUGGUGAAUUAUAUCGGAGAAUGCUCAAAUAAAUAAAACGCUUUUUAUGUAUUAGAAUUAAUGAAAUAGCAAAUAAUUUUAUGUACAAUUCCAAUGUUCCAUAGACUGUUAAGUGAUAUGCUUUCGGUGGUUUUGAAAUAUAACACCUUUACAAGUAUUUAUUUGAAACUUACCUGUAUUUAACAUUACGUAACUUAUCUGAAUUAUCAUUGUUACCUUACAAAUGAAUUGUGAUUUUAAGAAUAUACAUAAUUGAGUAUUAACAAAACAAAGAUUUAAAUAGAUUUAUUUGUAAAGGUGUUUUUAUUUCUUAAUGUAAAUGUUGAUUAUAUUUUAAAUAAAUGUAAUAUUAUCAUAAUAAUAACUCAACUCAUGUUGUGAUAUAAAUUUAAUAUUUUUUAUAAUUUGUGUAUAUAUAUAUAAUAUUUUUUAAAUAAAUCAAAUUACCUGUACUCUCUUUUCGGUAGUCGGUUAACUACUUACUGUAUUUUGAGAAUAUAUUGAAAACUAUAA